AUGCGUUCUAUCGUCUUGUCCUCUGCUCUGGCAGCAGGCCUCGCACAGGCCUACACUGUGACAAAUGUUGACAUGUUCAUGGUCAAGAACAUCGACCCUCUGGUUUUUCCUGGCGAAUAUACCAGCCACAUGCACAGCUUCUUCGGCUCGGACGCUGUCACGGCUCGUACCAACUCGUCCGCGGAGCUGCAGAAGGGCUGCUCGACUGCCCGGAACCCCAAUGACUUCUCAGCCUACUGGGUCCCUACUCUCUACCACGUGGACGGAUCGAACUAUACCGCGCUCGAACCCUUCCGAUUCAGCGCUUACUACCAGGAGCUCGACAGCGCCGAGAUCCCCAUCCCCCAGGACCUGAAGCUUCUCGCAGGCAACGCCACCGCCACAUCCCAGGAGGGUGUGCCCGGCGACGCGGGCAUCCAAUGGUUUUGCGACGGCGAGAGCCUUGAGGUAGGCAAAGACGACGCGGCCUUCCCGAGCAAAACUUGCAUGUACCACCUGCAGGGGCUGCUCCUGUUCCCGGACUGCGCCAACCCCAAGACACUCGAAUACGCCUACUCGGCCAACCCGGACUGGGUUGAGAAUUACGGAGAGAACCGUUGUCCGAUCGGCAUGUCUCGCAUCCCUCGUCUUCGCUACUCCAUCCGAUAUGACCUGCGCAAUGUCCUCCCCAACGGCUGGUCCGGCACUCCUCCGCUGGAAUUCGCCUGCGGUUCGCCCUACUGCUCUCACGGUGACUUCAUCAACGGAUGGCUCCCCGCGGCUGCCGAGAACAUGAUCAAGGAGGCGGCCUCUAACGACCGCGACUAUGCUCAAGUCUCUGGCCCCAACGGAGCGGGCGACCAAGGCUCUCUGUGCGAUGCCGAGGACGCUAAGGACAGCGACCCGUCCCACGGAUCUAGCAACUACUGGGAGAGCGUCAAGAUGAUGACCAUGAGCAAGAAAUCGUCCGGUUUGACCGGCGCGAUGAAACGGCACUUGGCUCGCCACCGAGCCCAAGGUUUCUAG